AUGGCUCUCCCCGAUAUCUCUGCGACACCAGCUAUUGACCAGCAUAUUCUGCACGAUGGAAAGGAAUAUACCACGAUCAAAGAGGGAUUGGCAUAUCUUUUAGUACCCGCUUCCGCUUCGAAAGUUCCUCAAACCUCUCCUCAAGGUGAAAACCAGCCUCAAUCAGUCUUCUACAAUCCUAUUCAGCAAUUCAAUCGGGAUUUGAGUGUCCUUGCGAUUAGGGCGUAUGGAGAACAGGUUCUAGAAACUAGGAAGGAAAGAAACGAGAAGAGUCGCAAGAAAUUGAGUGCAAAGAAGAAGGAUGCGAAAAGAAAACGGGCUGAAGAAGGUCCUGAUAAUGCAUCGAGAAAAGCUGCGAAGCUCGAGGGAGAAGGAGAGGGUGAUGUCGCAAGCUCAGAAGCUCUCAAUGGAGGAACAGAAACACCAAAAGCGGAUACAGAAAAUGCUAUGGAAGUUGAUAAUGGAGCGAAGGAUGCGGAAACCCAGUCCUCCGAGAACACAGAUGCUGUAGCAGAAAAAGAUGAUGUGCCCAAGCCAAAUGAACAGAGUGCGGAUGCGCCUCCUGCGAUUGAGGAGCAACCUACACCAUCUUCCCUUCCUAAAUCACCAACAUUUACUAUCCUCGAUGCGCUAUCCGCAACUGGACUACGAGCGCUCAGAUAUAUCCACGAAAUACCAUUUGCGACCUCGGUCACAGCCAAUGACUUAUUACCCGAUGCUACGAAAACAAUCAAAAGAAAUGUCAAGCAUAACAAACUGGACGACAAGAUUGAAGCAAUCACUGGGAAUGCCCUAGCUCAUAUGUAUAACGUCUCUUGCGGAGAAUCAAAAAUUUCUGGGAAAUCCGGUCCACCAAGACCCAAAUAUGAUGUUAUCGAUUUAGAUCCCUACGGAACCGCCGCGCCUUUUCUGGAUGCCGCUGUUCAAUCAGUACGAGAAGAUGGUGGUCUGUUGUGCGUAACUUGUACGGACGCUGGAGUUUGGGCUUCCAAUGGAUAUCCAGAGAAAUCAUUCUCUCUCUAUGGUGGUAUACCAAUCAAAGGCAUGCACUCACAUGAGGGCGGCCUACGACUCAUUCUCCAUGCCAUCUCCGCUUCAGCAGCAAAAUACGGGUUAGCAAUGGAACCACUCCUCUCCCUCUCCAUCGACUUUUACGCCCGAGUCUUUGUCAAGAUCCACAAGUCCCCCGCUGAAGUGAAAUUCCUAGCCGGAAAAACAAUGGUAGUAUAUAACUGCGACAGCGGCUGCGGAGCCUGGACCACGCAAAUGAUCGCGCGCAAUAAAUUAACCAAGAACAAGAACGGUAAUGGGUACUACUGGAAACACGUUUUUGGCCAGGCACCAGUAGCCAGCGAAAACUGCGAGCACUGUGGCUCCAAAACUCACCUGGCAGGACCUAUGUACGCAGGCCCCCUCCACUCCCCCGACUUCAUCAAAAAGAUCCUCGACGAACUCCCCAACAUCUCAAAAGACACCUACCAAACACACUCCCGAAUCGAAGGCAUGCUCUCCACCGCCCUCGAAGAAACCCUCCCUCCUCCCUCCUCCUCUUCAACAGAACCCCUCGACUCCCCCACCGCACCCUCCAAAACCGGCCGUUACGAUCCCGCAGCCAUCGAUCACUUCCCCUUCUUCUUCAUUCCCUCUACCCUCGCGAAAGUCGUCCAUUGUAUCACGCCACAUGAGAAUGCUAUCCGGGGAGCGCUCAGACAUCUCGGGUAUAGAUGUACGAGGAGCCAUACGAAGCCGGGGACUAUUAAGACGGAUGCGCCGUGGGGCGUGAUUUGGGAGGUUAUGAGGGAGUGGGUGAGGCAGAAGGCGCCUAUUAAGGAGGGGGCUGUUAAGGAGGGGAUGGUGGGGUGGCGGAUUCUUGGGUUAGGUGAGAAGCAGGAUGAGAAUUCUGAGGCUGUGGUCUCUGCGGAGAAUCGAAAUGGAAAUGGAAAUGAAAAUGGAAAUGGAAGCGCCUCAGCGGAAGACGAACAGCAACAGAAAGAAACGGAGAAGACCAAACCAAAGCCGAAAAUCGUCUUCGAUGAAAACCUCGGUAAAGAAAGGGAUACGAAGAAACUCGUUAGGUACCAGUUGAAUCCACGCGAGAACUGGGGUCCGAUGAAUAGAGCUAGUAAUAAGGGGGCAAAGAAGAGUGGUGAGGAAGUUACUACUACUGAAUCAUAG